GCCCCGGCCGCUCUGGGGUGCGAGCCGCACGGCGCAGACUCCCUCCGUAUCAGUUUCGAUCGGCACCCCGCCCCCUCCCUGGCCGCCCCGCCCCACUCAGGGGCCCCCCGGACCGCCGGGCCGGGCCUGGCUGUAGGCCCCAGUGACAGUAGCCCCCUCGCCUCAGAGAGAAGCCACCCCCUUCCGACAGGUCGGGCUGCGCGCUGCUCCGCGCUGCGUGUUGGGGCGCGGCGUCGCGGGACUGUUCAGGGUCCGCCCCGUCCCGACUCAACCCGUGCCGUGGGCGAGUGUGUCGCGGGUAGCCGCGCCGUGUCCGGGGCGCGUCAGUCUCCGCGUCAGCUGCCGCGACCCUCAGCAGAACAGCCAUGGUCGAACCGUGGAGCGCGGUCCCGGGGCCCAGCUGACCAGCGAGCACGGGCGGGCGGCGGGGGCCGGCGGGGCGCGGCGGGGCGGGGCGGGACGGGGGCGCGGGUUCCUCCUUCCGCCGCGCGCGCCGGGCCGCGGGCCGCGGCCGGCAUGAAGUGCCUCGUAGGCAUUCUGUGGAUUGUGCUGGCGCUCGUCUCAAGCUGCUCAGGGAACCCGGAUGCAAAACGCCUCUACGAUGACCUGCUCUCCAACUACAACAAGCUCGUCCGGCCCGUGGUCAACGUCACAGAUGCCCUCACCGUCCGCAUCAAGCUCAAACUCAGUCAGCUCAUCGACGUGAACCUGAAGAACCAGAUCAUGACGACCAACUUGUGGGUGGAGCAGUCGUGGGACGACUACAAGCUCAAGUGGGACCCCAGGGAGUACGGUGGCGUGGAGAUGCUGCACGUCCCCUCUGACCACAUCUGGCGGCCGGACAUCGUCCUCUACAACAAUGCGGACGGUAACUUCGAGGUGACGCUGGCCACCAAGGCGACGCUGAACUACACGGGUCGCGUUGAGUGGAAGCCGCCCGCCAUCUACAAGUCGUCGUGCGAGAUCGACGUGGAGUACUUCCCCUUCGACGAGCAGACGUGCGUGAUGAAGUUCGGCUCCUGGACCUACGACGGCUUCCAGGUCGACCUCCGCCACAUCGACGAGGUUCGCGGGUCGAGCGUCGUCGACAUCGGCGUCGACCUGAGCGAGUUCUACACGUCCGUCGAGUGGGACAUCCUGGAGGUGCCGGCCGUGAGGAACGAAAAGUUUUACACGUGCUGCGACGAGCCUUACCUCGACAUCACCUUCAACAUCACCAUGCGGCGCAAGACGCUGUUCUACACCGUCAACCUCAUCAUCCCCUGCAUGGGCAUCUCUUUCCUCACCGUCCUCGUCUUCUACCUGCCGUCGGACAGCGGCGAAAAGGUGUCACUGUCCAUCAGCAUCCUGCUGUCGCUCACUGUGUUCUUCCUGCUGCUGGCCGAGAUUAUCCCUCCCACUUCCCUCGUCGUGCCCCUCCUGGGCAAGUUUGUGCUCUUCACCAUGAUCCUCGACACGUUCAGUAUAUGCGUGACGGUGGUGGUGCUCAACGUGCACUUCCGGUCGCCGCAGACGCACACGAUGGCGCCGUGGGUGCGGCGCGUCUUCAUCCACGUGCUGCCCCGGCUGCUCGUCAUGCGCCGGCCGCACUACAACCCGGACCGGCGGCGCUGGGAGGGCGGCCUGCCGGCCUCGGCCUCGGCGUCGAGCGCGGGCAUGGGCCCCCGCGUCAUGGUGCGCACGUGCAACGGCCUCGAGAUGCGCGACAGCGCCGAGCGAGAGACCUCGGCCUCGGACCUCGUCGACUCGUACCCGCAGGGCUACUCGCAGGGCUACAGCCACGACGACGAGUUCAGAGAGCUGGGUGUUUCCGGGACGCUGACGGGCAGCACUUGCCGCAUCCACGGGACGCCGCCGCCGCCGCUGCUGCUCGGCGACCUGGCCGGGCUUGCCGGCAUGGCGGGGCUAGACUCGCCCGGGGUGGGGCCUCCCCUAGACCCGCUGCUGCCCGCCUCACCGCUCAACGCCUCCCCGCCGCCGAGGCCCUCCAGCCGGCCGCCGCCCGAGAUGCCGCACUUGCGCGCCUCGAGCUCCAGGCACUGGCACCACUGCCCCGAGCUGCACAAGGCCAUGGACGGCGUGUGCUUCAUAGCGGACCACACCAAGCGGGAGGAGGACUCGACCAGAGUGAAAGAAGACUGGAAGUACGUGGCCAUGGUGCUGGACCGGCUGUUCCUCUGGAUCUUCACGCUGGCGGUGCUCGUGGGCACGGCCGGCAUCAUCCUGCAGGCGCCCACGCUCUACGACGACCGCAUGCCCAUCGACGUGCGCCUGUCCGAGAUCGCGCAGACCACGGCCAAGCCGCACAUAGCCUCGGGCCUCUGAGGCACUAGGCUAGGACACGCACUGGACUGUCUCGGCCUCGGCCCAACAUCAGCGUGCGCUGGACUGGACUUUGCCCUUGUGUACUGCACGCAGUGCUGCAGCACCCUCGUCGCCCGCCGGUGUGCAGGGUGUGGCCCCCUCUCUCUCGCGACACAAACGAAAAGCACAAACUACAUGUAAGCCGACGACGUGCGUUGUACUAACUGUACUACUAUUUAGUUCGGUCCGUUAUUCAUAGGCAAACUGCUGCUUUCUUUUCCUAAAUACAACGUGGGAUUUGUUGAUAUUUUACCAAAAAAAUGAUAAACGUUGCACGUCUUUCUCAUGGUGUUCAUUUGUGAUAGCCGCGGAUCAUUAGGUUGUAAGUAGAUGAAUUUAAAUAAAUGAUUUACCAUCAUAUUGCUCAGAAGUGAUAUACAUUGUUAAAUAAAUUGACGAUUGUAAAUUAAGUUGAUGGCGAAUCUCGUCGGACGUUAUUUCUAAACGGAUCCAAUAUAUCCGUCACGAGAAAGGUUAUGUAUAUAUACAAGAAGACACAAAAUAUUGUGAAUCUAGAGACCAAAGUCACGGAAUGCGAAGAGUAAUAAUUAUUGUUAUUAUUUGAAAUGAUUACUAUAUCUUAACUUCUCCUAAACCAAUAAGUUUAAGUUGUUAGUUUGUUGGGCUGUGCGCAGCGGGCCUGGCACUGCUCAAUAGCGUGUUCCACUGCCAUCAUUUAGAGCUGCCAUUAAAUGAAAGAAAGAGCUGUGGGCUGUACUCGCGAGAAGCACUUCCACGUGAUGGGGGAUUACGAUUACACCUAUAUCUGACGUGGCAGUGGUUCUAGCAGCGCAGCCAGCCGUUCCCAUCCGUACUAAAAUUACCUCCUCUCCUGGACAGACACGUCGCUAUAACUUUUCUUAUUUUUGUUCACAUACUGCGUUUUGGUGUACCAUUGGAAAUCGCGCCUUCACGUUGUCUUUGCCCUCAUCCGGGCAGCAGAAUAUCCCAGAGGGGUGAAUCACUUUUAUACUGACGUAAUUUAUUGGUUUGAUAUUUUGUUUAAAAACUGUCGUUUUGUUGACGUAUUUAUUUAUAUGAUUUGAAUUUCAAUGUUUAAAAUAUCAGAAAAGCUGUACCUACUCGUGUUCCCCUCUCCUUGGUAGAAGUGACUCACCCCUUGGACUAUCAAGACAGGAAAUUUAUAGAAUCUCGCUUAUUUUAUGAAACUAAUCGGGAAAAAUGGAGACGAGCGAUGUCGGGGCCGAACCUUUUCUGAAAGGGGGGGAAAUUCAUAGACUGUAAAGAGAAUUGGUUGUAUCUGAACGGAUAUCUCUGAAGAAAAAAAUAUAGCUCUAUUGAAGGAAUUAA